GUGGCUGCCUGGUAACCCGGCCUGGCCCGGGAGGCGCGCGCAGGCAGCCCCGCCGCGCUAGCGACCGAGGGACGCAGCAGGGCGGCCGCGAGCCCGAAGGAGGCCGUGGAGGUGCCCCCGGCCGCUCGCCAUGGCCGACAGACGCUUCUCCAAGUUCCUGCAGAAACUCCCGUUCUUGGGCGCCGACCGCAAGUACCAGGUGCUGGAGAGGAGCGAGGAGGAGGCUUUGAUCGAUGGACACUCUGAGCUGCAAGCCGUUGAGAAGGCCGUGGUCGCCCUGCCACCCGGGGAGGCGUGCAAGUACCACCGAGAGGAGCUGGCCCGGGCGUUUGACGUGGACUUACGCACCGGGCUGUCCGAGUCCUCAGUGACGCAGCGCAGGCUGGUCCAUGGCUGGAACGAGUUUGUCGCCGACAACACUGAACCCGUGUGGAAGAAAUACCUGGAGCAGUUUAAGAACCCCCUGCUCCUGCUCCUGCUGGGCUCCGCCUUGGUGAGCGUCCUCACCGGGGAGUACGAGGACGCCGUGAGCAUCGCCCUGGCCGUGCUCAUCGUGGUCACUGUGGGCUUCAUCCAGGAGUACCGGUCGGAGAAGUCCCUGGAGGAGCUGAGCAAGCUGGUCCCUCCCGAGUGCAACUGCCUGAGAGAGGGGAGGCUCCAGCACCUGCUGGCACGAGACCUGGUUCCUGGAGACAUCGUGUCUCUCUCCGUCGGAGACCGGAUCCCUGCGGACAUCCGACUCACAGAGGUCACCGACCUCCUGGUGGACGAGUCCAGCUUCACCGGCGAAGCCGAGCCCUGCAGUAAGACGGACGGCCCCUUGGGGGGCGGGGGCGACCUCAGCUCCCUCAGGAACAUCGUCUUCAUGGGGACCCUGGUGCAGCACGGGAAGGGCCAGGGCGUGGUGAUCGGCACGGGCGAGAAGUCUCAGUUCGGAGAAGUGUUCAAGAUGAUGCAGGCUGAGGAGACGCCCAAGACCCCGCUUCAGAAAAGUAUGGACAGGCUGGGCAAGCAGCUCACCCUCUUCUCGUUCGCCAUCAUUGGUCUCAUCGUGCUCGUGGGCUGGUUGCAGGGGAAGCAGCUGCUCAGCGUGUUCACCAUCGGGGUCAGCCUGGCCGUGGCAGCCAUUCCUGAGGGUCUGCCCAUCGUCGUGACGGUCACCCUGGUCCUGGGAGUGCUGCGGAUGGCCAAGCAGAGGGUCAUCGUGAAGAAGCUGCCCGUCGUGGAGACUUUGGGUUGCUGCAGCGUCAUCUGCUCUGACAAGACGGGGACCCUGACAGCCAAUGAGAUGACCGUGACCCAGCUGGUCACCUCCGACGGGCUCCACGCCAAGGUCAGCGGUGUUGGGUACAGUGGCAAAGGGACCGUCUGUCUAGUACCGACCAAUGAAGUACUCAAGGAAUUUUCCAACAUCUCCGUGGGAAGACUGGUGGAGGCCGGCUGUGUCGCCAACAACGCCAUCAUCAGGGAAAACUGUGUCCUCGGGCAGCCCACGGAGGGCGCCUUGCUGGCCCUGGCCGUGAAGAUGGACCUGGGCGACAGCAGAGACGCGUACGUGAGGAAGCAGGAGAUCCCGUUCAGCUCCGAGCAGAAGUGGAUGGCGGUGAGGUGCAGCGCCAAGAGCGGGGACCAGGACGACGUGUACUUCAUGAAGGGGGCCUUGGAGGAGGUGCUGGGCUCCUGCGCCGGCUACAACCACGGGGGCAUCGCCCUGCCCCUGACGCCGCAGCAGCGGGCCUUCUUCCUGCAGGAGGAGACGAAGAUGGCGUCGCUGGGCCUGCGCGUGCUGGCCCUGGCCUCUGGGCCCGAGCUGGGGGCUCUGACGUUCCUGGGUCUCGUGGGCAUCAUCGACCCCCCGAGAGCCGGCGUGAAGGAGGCGGUGCAGGCGCUGUCCGCCUCGGGCGUGGCGGUGACCAUGAUCACGGGGGACGCGCUGGAGACAGCCCUGGCAGUAGGCAGGAACAUCGGGCUGUGCGGUGAGAAGCCACAAGCCAUGUCCGGUGAGGAGGUGGCUGGCACGGAGCUGGGCGAGCUGGCCGAGCGCAUCCGGCAGGUGUCUGUGUUCUUCAGGACCGGCCCGAAGCACAAACUCAAGAUCAUCAAGGCCCUGCAGGAGUCAGGGGCCGUCGUGGCCAUGACGGGCGACGGCGUGAACGACGCGGUGGCCCUGAAGUCGGCCGACAUCGGGAUCGCCAUGGGGAGGACGGGGACAGACGUGAGCAAGGAGGCCGCCAGCAUGGUCCUGGUGGACGACGACUUCUCGGCCAUCCUGAACGCGGUGGAAGAAGGCAAGGGCAUCUUCCAUAACGUCAAGAACUUCGUGCGGUUCCAGCUGAGCACGAGCAUCUCCGCCCUCAGCCUCAUCACCCUGUCCACGGUCUUCAACCUGCCCAGCCCCCUCAACGCCAUGCAGAUCCUGUGGGUCAACAUCAUCAUGGACGGGCCGCCGGCCCAGAGCCUGGGGGUGGAGCCCGUGGACAAGGACGCGCUCAGGCAGCCUCCACGCCGCGUGCAGGACACCAUCCUGGGCCGCGCCCUGCUCCUGCGGAUCCUGCUGUCGGCCGCCGUCAUCAUCAGCGGGACUCUCUUCGUCUUCUGGAAGGAGGUCCCUGCGGACGGAGCCAGCACCCCCCGCACCACGACCAUGACUUUCACCUGCUUCGUGUUCUUCGACCUCUUCAACGCCUUGACUUGCCGCUCCCAGACCAAGCUGGUCCUUGAGCUCGGCUUCCUCCGGAACCGCAUGUUCCUCUACUCGGUGCUCGGCUCCACCCUGGGGCAGCUGGCCGUGAUCUACGUCCCGCCGCUGCAGCGGGUCUUCCAGACCGAGAACCUGGGGGCGCUCGAUCUGCUGCUUUUAGCGGGCUUGGCCUCGUCCGUGUUCAUCGUGUCGGAGCUCCUCAAACUGUGUGAAAGGUACUUCUCGGCGGCCAGGAAGGGCCCCAGGGACGCCGAGGACGGCAGCCCGCAGCCGGGCCCCUAGCUCGUCACGCCCCCUGCCGGCUCCGGGACCGACCGGGGGCAGAGCCGCCCUCCCACGCUGCGCCGCUUGUUAAGUCACUGGGAGUUCUGAGAACUGCGUCCACCCCCCUCUCGUGUACACUGCCCACUCAUGCCCAGGCAGGAAGCAGCCACCACGUCCCAUGGUGGAACAGGGCUGCCCUGACAGGAAGACCCCGCGGGGCAUGUCUGAACCGUUUCACCCAGAGGAAAAGCCAGAAGCAAUCGAUCAACCCAGAAACAGAGGCAGAUGGAAACCCAUCAAGAGCGAGAGAGGAGCCGGAACAUCGUCACCUGGGGCGGGGCUCAGUCCAGGAAAAGCCAGGAGAGAGGAAGGACCUGCUCGGAAUGACGGGAGACACUGUCCCCUUCCCUGCCCCCAGGGCAGCCGCCAUCACAACACCCACCUGCCUUGCACAGCUGGUUCUCGGAAAACCACACCCACCAGGUGCACUGUGGCCCUGCCAAGCCGAGACCGGAAAGGGGGUCGCCCAAGGCAGGCAGCCCCACCCAGCCUUCCUACAAACGUCUGAGCCAAGAACCAAGGGGAGGGGAUGCGUUCAGACCAAGCUGGACAAAAACAGCCCCCGGCCCGGGACCCCUGGUGACCGUCAGUAUGAAACUCUGAGUGUCAGAUCUGGCCCUGGUCACACGGGGAAGCCGGCCGGGCCUGGGACCGGGCGCCACUCGCUGUCUGGAGAAGGGAAACCAUGGGCUGCAGGGAAGGCGCUGGGGACCCCCCCCCCCCGCCCGCAGGCCCGGGAGGCACAGCCGCGGCCUCUGCCUGAGAGACUCCUGCCCUCCCUGCUGGAGGUGGCCCCCACCCGAGACCCCCGUUCCGCGUCGGCCGGGGUGCCCUCAGUAGAGCCAUUCGGCAGCGGACGCGCCUGCCUCCACAGCGAGUCCCACAGCUCCUCCAGCGGAACAGAACAGGCGAGGGCAGACGGCCACGGAGCCCACGGGUGACAGGCCACGGCAGCACUUCCCCACCCCGCAAGGAACUCCCACGGUCAGGUGGAAAACUGGAGCCAUCUCCUAAGAACCAAAAAAUAUUCAAACACGGAGGUAGAAACCAUGCAGGGUUCGUGGGCUGAAAACCACCCGCUGCCGGUUUGAAACCUGGAAGACAAACAGAGGGGCAGCUGGGGUCAGGAACGGGAGGACGUGACCUCCCCGCACUGGCCCGCGGGCGGGACACAGCCAGCAUCAACGUCCCGCACGGCUCUGUGCGGCCUCGGAUGAGCUUGUUCUGAAACGUGGCUGGUUGCACGGAGAAACCGAGAUAGCUCAAACAGUCGUGCCCGGAGGAAUGGAACCCAGCGUCACAGCGUUCUUACAAGCAGGGUGACGGGGGCGCAGGCGCUGGCGACACGAGGAGCCGUGGCAGAGGACGGAGUCCAGCAGAGGCUCCCGCACACGCCCGCAGACGGCCGACAAACACCCAGAAGCGACUCAGGCAAAGACAGAUGCUCAGCCAACAGAGCGGGAGCAAGAGGACACCCGCAGAAACCAGAAAGCCCCGAGCCAAACCUCACGUCUGCAAAAAUUAAUCCGGCACAGGCUGUGGCACACAACAGAAGCAAACCCAGAGAGUCCGUGGGACUCUGGAAGCGGCGCCCACCAGAGGAACUGCUGACCCGAACGGCCUCAAAAUCAAGAGACUGAGCCCCGCAUUUCUGACUUUGAGAGGUUGUUCAGAAAUGAGCCGCAGCCUUGGACUGCCUCCACCCAGAGGGACGUGCAGACAGACGGCAGGCGCAGGCCAACAGUCUGGCCAUCAGCCCGGAGGGAAAGGCGCCACCCGCAGCCGCAGUGAGCUGCCUCUCCCCGUGUCGGCACGGCUGCGGAAGAUACGCCGACGAUAGCACCAGGGCAGGGCCACUGGCGGGAGCCGGCACGCACUGGGCACGUGGGAUUCAGAGGCGGCGCUGGGACAAGCAGCUCAGUGCUGGCACCCCCUGGGUCAGGGGCCAGCUCAGGCUUCCCACCAACAGACGCGGGAGGCAGCAGCAGUCGCUCAGGUACUGGAUUCCCGUCCAUGGACCGAGUCCCCAACCCCGGGCUUCUGGGGCAUAGAACAGUACCUGGGAGCUCGCUCGCUCGCUCGCUCUCUCUCUUUCUCUCUGCCUCUCACGUAGAUAAAUAAUUUUAAAAUAAAAAGUUUAUUUUGGUG